AUGGACUGGAGCAACUACAUUUCCAUGGGCUUAAUGCUCAUCCUGACUUUUCUAUUCAUUAUGAAAAUAGGAGGUUUCUGGAAUGGCUACUUGAGGAAGAAUUUCCCUCCAGGACCAAGAGCAUUACCUAUCAUUGGAAAUCUUCAUUUAUUUGAUUUGAAGAGACCCUACAGGACUUAUAUGCAGCUGUCCAAAGCAUAUGGUCCAGUCUUCAGUGUUCAGAUGGGGCAAAGGAAAAUUGUAGUGAUCUCUGGGUAUGAGACAGUGAAGGAGGCUCUUGUAAACCAAGCAGAUGCAUUUGCAGAGAGACCUAAAAUUCCAAUCUUUGAAGAUUUGACCAGAGGAAAUGGGGUUGUAUUUGCUCAUGGUGAAAACUGGAAAGUCAUGAGAAGAUUUACUCUCACAACCUUACGAGACUUUGGAAUGGGAAAGAGGGCCAUUGAGGACCGCAUUGUGGAGGAAUAUGGGUAUCUGAUAGAUACCUUUGAGUCACAAGGAGGAAAACCCUUUGAUGUUAGUAAAAUCAUUAAUGCAGCAGUUGCUAAUAUAAUUGUGUCAAUAUUACUUGGAAAACGAUUUGACUACAAAGAUUCCAGAUUUAUAAGACUACUAAAUUUGACGAAUGAAAACGUGAGGCUUGCUGGGAACCCUUUUGUUACGAUGUACAACAUCUUCCCAUGCCUUGGAUUCCUCCUAAGGGCUCAGAAGACUCUUCUUCAAAACAGAGAUGAAUUCCAUGCUUAUAUACAAGAUACUUUUGUAAAAUACCUCAAAACUCUGGAUAAAAAUGAUCAGAGAAGUUUUAUAGACGCUUUCCUUGUUAAACAGCAGGAGGAGAAAUUCACUACCGAUAGGUAUUUCCAUAAUGGCAACUUACUAAGCUUGGUGAGCAAUUUGUUUACUGCUGGUGUUGAGACAAUUUCCACCACACUAAACUGGAGCUUUCUGCUGAUGCUAAAGUACCCUGAAAUUCAGAGAAAAGUCCAAGAAGAGAUAGACAGAGUGAUAGGGUCAACUCCGCCACGAGUCGAGCAUCGAACCCAAAUGCCAUACACAGAUGCUGUUAUCCAUGAAGUUCAGCGAUUUGCCAAUAUCCUACCACUGAACUUGCCUCAUGAGACUGCUGCAGAUGUCACUCUCAAAGGCUAUUUCAUUCCGAAGGGAACCUACAUUGUCCCCUUGCUGACCUCUGUCCUGCAAGACAAAUCGCAGUGGGAGAAACCAGAGAUGUUCUAUCCUGAACAUUUUCUUGACUCCCAAGGAAAGUUCGUAAAGAAAGAUGCUUUCAUGGCUUUUUCCGCAGGGCGGAGGAUCUGUGCUGGUGAGACUCUUGCCAAAAUGGAGCUCUUCCUCUUCUUCACAAGCCUCCUGCAGCGGUUCACCUUCCACCCUCUGCCUGGAGUCUCUUCUUCAGACUUGGAUCUCAGCCCUGCUGUUGGGUUUAAUGUUGUCCCCAAACCCUAUAAAAUCUGUGCUAUAGCACGUUCUUAG